AUGAACGAGGACGAGAAGCUGGCUGCGGCUCGCGCGCGAAUUUUUGGGACGCGGCAGUACCGGCUUGCUCCAGCGCUCACCUUCGCCUUCCUGAGCUGCUAUAUGUGGUAUGUCUACUACGUGGAGCGUCCUAACAACGAGCGGCUCGCCGCAUCCAACCCCGAGUUGUACGCGCUCCUCAACCCGGCGCAGCCGCCUCCUGGCGUCGUGAGCGUGCACGAAGCGAGUGGUCGGCAGUUGAUGGCGGAUGGGUCGAUACGCAGACCGGACCGGUGA